ACACUUUUUUAAAAGGAGAAAUUCGUGCCCAAUGACAUUACACGUCAUACCAUCAAAUAGUAAUGACAUGAUUAAAUAAAAUUAAGAAAAUAUGAAUUAUGUUGCCGCCCGCUUUAGCCACCUAGGGGCGGUAUAAGACAAAUAAAGUGUUGAUAUACUGUAGACGUCAGACGUCAAUUUCGGAUCCUUUCAGAGGAUAAAGAAUACCGUGAGUGCUGUUUAUGUGAGUUAGUGACAGGGACCUGCCUCGAAUCACACAAAUUUGGAAAUAGUAAACACCCCUCACUCCAAAAAUGUAUAUAAUUGCCUGUAUUUAUAUUUAAACCUAAAAUAUAGCCUAAAGUACAGUAUACCCCAAAACUUGAAUACCGUUUGAAACGUGGUCUAAACUUAUGAUGUAUAGACGAUUUGAUUUAAUAUAAAGUAAAUGCUCCAGAAAUGCCAAGACAAUAACAAGGCCUAGAUGUGGCCAUGGCUUGUUUGGCCUGAUGUGUUUCUCCUCUGCUGGCCUACUUUUGCGCACCACCUGAAAUAUUCAUGAGCGUCUACUGGAGGAGGAGGGCGUCCCCCUGGGAGCGUAACCAAGUCCUGGAGAUCGACUUCUCUGAGCUAACCCUGGAGGAGAUCAUUGGCGUGGGUGGCUUCGGAAAGGUGUACCGUGCGGUGUGGCGCGGCGCCGAGGUAGCGGUGAAGGCGGCGCGGCAGGACCCCGACGAGGACGAAGAGCAGACGUUGGCCAGCGUGCGGCAGGAGGCCAAGCUCUUCGCCAUGCUGGAGCACGCCAACGUUAUGGCACUGCUGGGCGUUUGCCUAAACCUGCCCAAUCUGUGCCUGGUGAUGGAGUAUGCCCGUGGCGGCGCCCUCAACCGGGUGCUGGCAGGCAAACGUGUGCCGCCCUGUGCCCUGGUGGACUGGGCGGUGCAGGUCGCCCGAGGAAUGCGCUACCUGCAUGACCAGGCCAUCGUCACAAUCAUUCACAGAGACCUCAAAUCCAGCAACGUCCUCAUCCUGGAGAGGCUCGAGAAGGAUGACCUGAGCAACAAGACAUUGAAGAUCACAGACUUUGGGCUGGCGCGCGAGUGGCAGCGCACCACCAAGAUGAGCGCGGCGGGCACCUACGCGUGGAUGGCGCCCGAAGUCAUCCGCUCUUCCAUUUUCUCCAAGGGUAGCGACGUGUGGAGUUACGGGGUGCUGCUGUGGGAGUUGCUGACGGGAGAAGUGCCGUUCCGGGGCAUCGACGGACUGGCGGUGGCUUACGGAGUGGCCAUGAACAAGCUGGCCUUACCCAUCCCCUCCACAUGUCCCGAACCGUUUGCGCGCCUCAUGGAAGGGUGCUGGAGCUCGGACCCUCACUCCCGGCCGCACUUUGCCAACAUUCUGGACCGGCUGACCACCAUUGAAGAGUCGGGAUUCUUCGAGAUGCCGGCCGAGUCCUUUUGCUCCCUGCAGGACGACUGGAAGCUGGAGAUACAAGAGAUGUUUGACCAGUUGCGGACCAAGGAGAAGGAGCUCCGUUCGUGGGAGGAGGAGCUGACGCGGGCGGCGCUGCAGCAGAAGUGCCAGGAGGAGGCGCUGCGGCGGCGCGAGCAGGAGCUGGCUGAGCGGGAGAUCCACAUUCUGGAACGCGAGCUCAACAUUAUCAUCCAUCAGCUGUAUCGCGACAAGCCGCACGUAGAGCGUCGCCAGGGCAAGUUCCGGCGCCACCGCCUGAAAAUCAAGGAUGGCAACAGGAUAAGCCUACCGCAAGAUUUCCAGCACAAGAUUACUGUGCAGGCAUCACCGUCACAUGACCGCCGUAGGAGUUUGCUCAGCAGUGGCUCCAGCCCUCCCAGCAGCCCCCCGCUGCUCCCUCGCCUCCGAGCCAUCCAACUCAACCCGCGGGAGGGUUGCUGCGGCGGCUGGGCUCGCGGCGCGGGCGAAGAGGAGGUCGAAAGGAGGGGCUCCAGGAAGAAAGGCAGGACGCGAGUGUGCGGACCGCACCGGGAGCACAGCGCCGACGCCAGCGUGAGGCCCGCCGCCGAGGGCGGCCGCCAGCGUUCUUGCAGCGCCCCCAACUUGCGGCGUUCCCCCAGACUCAGCCCCGCUGUGCCGGGAGUGGCCAGCCUCCUGGAGCUCGAAAAUGAAGACUGCUGCUUCGUGAGCGCCUCAGAAGCAGGCCCAGCUCAGACGUACCUGCGCCCGCCCGACCUAGAAGUGGACCAAUCAGCAGCCGGCGGGGAUCCCUUUGCGGACGUCCACGUUCCGGGAGCGACGCCGAGCCGUAAGAGCCCCGGCGGAGGUCGGCGCACGGACCUGGUACUUCUGGGCUGCGGCGCUCUGCUAGCGGCGGCCGGGCUCGGUUCCAACUUGCUGACGCAGGCUCGGCCGGAGGAGGGCGUCAAAUCGCGCCGGGACGCUUUCUUCCAUGUGCACAGACUCUUCCGCCGCGACAGUCCACUUCGAAUCCCACCAUCCUUCCCGUCCCCGGACCGCGACUCUUCCACGCGCUCGCUGCUGCGCUCCGAUAGCGACGAGCCGCCCGCGCGACGCCACUGCAACGCUCUGGUCAACACCCACCUAGAGAGCUUCAAGCGCAACCCACGCCAGUCGCUCACGCCCACGCACGUACCCUGCGCAUCGAGUGGCGCCGGCCCACGCGGCGCGAGCCUGCGACGCACGCCGUCCGACGGCGCCAUCAGGAGGAGCUGCCCGCAGAACAACCUGGAACCUUUGCCGGAGCAAACCAUCUUGGAGAACAUAGGGGGCACCUCGGCCGUCCCUCGCCUUCCGGACCCCAAUGUGGUAUUUCCCCCCACCCCUCGCCGCCGCUCCGCCCCCGAGCGGCCCAAAACCUUGGACAUCCUGGCGCGGCCUCGGCCCUCGGCGCGGCCCCGUUGCGACGCCUUUCGCCCGGAGGCUCGGGGCCGCGUCGACUCUCCGGCGGCGCACACCUCCAGCACGGAGACGCCGCCUACCGCGGAGGAGGCAUCCGCGCCUUACUCCACCUACAGGGGGCGCAACCUGAUGGACACGCAGGACGAGGGGCAGUGCCGCGAUGGCACUGUGCCGCUGUGCAGCAAAGACUCGGUGGGAUGCUUUCACUGACCCCACCCCCCCAUCAUUCACUCAUGCCCUACUCCCAAAUCACAAUAAGCACUACCAUCACCGUCACCCC